AUGCGAAUGCGAAGAGAGAGAGGUGGCCAUUCCGCCCUUUGGGCCGCACGGAAUGGGCCAGAGCCGUACGACACCGAUCGAUCGAUCGCCGCGCGGAUCGCCAGCAAGAAGAGGAAGCAAGAUCGAGCGCGUCGGAUUGUGUCUGUGUUGCUGGAUCUUGAUCGGGAGCGGAUGAUCGGCGAUUUCGCAGCGAUGCAUGGCACAAAUCUCCUCAAGAAGGUGCUCAAGCCUCGAAAUCUCACGCCGACGCCCGGGCAGAGCUCCAGCAAGAAGGACAGUGUGCCGUCGAGGAGGAGCUCUUCCGCCGGAGCCACGGAUUCCAGCAGUGGCGCGCGAUCGCCUGGAGGCAAGCCGACAUGCACUUGCUCGCCGACGACACACGCGGGAUCCUUUCGCUGCCGCCUCCACCGCGCCGGGAAUGGCCGAUCGCAUGGCCUGACGCCCUCCGCGAUGCCCAAGUCCGACGGCCCCAAGAAGCCCUUCAAGGGGAGUAGCAGCUACACGAUUUCAUCGGUGGAUAUCCAUGCGCCACAGUCGAGGCCAGCGGUUCCAAGGCCGGCUCCAGCGGCGGCGGCGGCCAAGAACAAGCACCGGGGCAAGCCCAGCCGGCUCAGUCGC